GAAAACAGAAAAGCACAUAUAGGAGAAGGUAAAUAGAUAAUAAGAAGAAGUAUGUCAAGCUGCUUUCGUGAGUAUCGGGUGCAGCACAGCACCCCGGACGGGAUUUUGGUCCAACUCCCCGAGACGAACGGCUUCGGUCGCUUAACGAAGGCCACCCUCGGCGGUGACCUGCUGGCGGAGCGGCUGCUCAAGAGCUUCUCUGCUCGCGAGCACGUCGUCGCGAUUCCGCAGCGCGCCCGCGACGCACAAGGCUACCGUCUCCUCACCGUCAAUCUACGCGAGGGCUACAGUGCGUUGCUUACCUACCCGUUAUCGGUGCAGCAACUCGCUCAGCGGCUGCUGCGCAAGCACAUGCUCGUUGGGAUCGGCACCACCACCGCCGCGCGCGUCGUGCGGGCCUCUGCGAAAGGGUCUGUGCUGACAAUCGCCCCGAAUUUGACAGCGGUGGCUGCCUUUGAGAACUUAGCCAACGGUGCUCCCGCGCCUCCUUCUUCCUCUUCAGCUACGGCUGGCAAGCAGCACAGCGGGGCAGCCGGUUCGGCUGACGUCGCAGCAGAAGACAGCUCCGACGACGACGUGCACAACGAUAGCACGGAUCAGCGCGCACACGAGCACACUCACCACCGCGGCAGCAACGCUGUUGAGGUGCGUUUGCUGAACUACGACGUGACGGCGGAUGUGGUGAACGUGACGGCGAAGACGGAGGUGGUGGAGGGCACUCCGUUCGAUACGGCCGUCUCGGCCGCCGCGCUGUCCUCCCUGCACUCGGGGGAUGUGGUAUCCUGCACGGUGCUGCUCUCCUCGACCGACGACGGCUGUGCGGUUGUGCAGAUCCCCGUGCAGAUGGCGACGUUGGGGGAGCACGACGGCGACAUCGAAGAGUCGCCCCUCAACACCACUACUACCAUUACGGUGCUGGGGUAUUACCUGUAUGACUGGGCCGGCGCAAAGACGUCGUCCAGCGCAGCCCCCGUUGUUGGGCAUACGCUGGAGUUGGUGAUUGAGUUCUGCCCCGAACUGCCAGCCUUGUACGACGUGAUGCCGUUCGUGAUCUUGUCGAACCGGACGCGGACCUUCCAGCACUUACCCGCUGUGCGGCGCCCCGCCACAACAGCCGCAGCAGGAGCAGGAAGUGCUGCUGCCCUGGCGACGACUUCGUAUGGGCUACUGGGGCAUUUCCCAUGGAGGGCGGAGUACACCGCCAAGACCCGCCGCAGUGAAGAGAGCGAGGACGAGGACGACGAGGCAGCGGAGGGGGGCCGCGGUAGCGCCGGCGAGGACGCGCCGCAGCGCACCCGUCGCCGGAAGCUGGAGGAGGCGAUCGACGCCUAUGAGCGUGGCAUGGACAAGGCCACCCCGACGAGUCCGGAGGAGUUCCAGCGCCUGCUGCUGGCGAACCCGAACAGCAGCUAUCUGUGGACGCAGUUUAUGGCGCAUCACGUAGGCCUGCAGCAGUACGAGGCGGCGCGGCAGGUGGCCGAAAAGGCCCUCAGUACGAUCGGCGUACGAGAGAAGGAUGAGUUGCUGAACGUGUGGGUGGCCUACCUGAACGUGGAGAACCUCUACGGUACGGAGGAGUCCCUCGCGGCUGUGUUCCGGCGUGCGCAGCAGCGGCAGCUCCACCAACUCGAGCUCUACGAACGCCUCGCCGACAUUUACGCCGCUGCUCGCAAGCCGAAUCAGCUUUUGGCGCUGUGCCGUGUUAUGACGAGCAAGUUCCGCCACGAACGUCGCACCUGGGAGCGUCUAGGCGUGGUGCUGGUAGACCAAGGCAAGCGCGAUCAGCUGAAGCGGACGCUGAAAGACAUGGGCGAAGUCCUGAAGCGCGACGACGCCUCGCUGGCGAUAGUGCAUAUUGCCAUCCACGAAUACAAGCACGGCAGCCCUGAAAACGGCCGCGCGCUCUUUGAGGGGCUGCUGCGCAAGGUGCCGAAGCGCUCCGACGUGUGGUCCACCUACAUUGAUCAGGAGACGGGGCUGCUGAACCGCAAGGAGCCGUCGGCGUCGGCCCUGCAGGUGCGGCAGAUCUUUCAGCGUACCGUGGCGAUGAACUUCUCGGCGAAGGUGAUGCAGCAGCUGCUGACGCGGUUCCUGUCGUUUGAGAAGCUGCACGGCUCACCGACGGAUGUGGAGGCGGUGAAGGAGCGCGCCCGCGCGUACGUGGAGGCGAAGAUUCAGGCCGUUACCGACUCCACCGUGCCGAGCGCCACCUCGUGA